UGUGGCUCUUUUCCUGUAACAAUGAUAUGAUGGCGCCAAAAUGGCGAAAAUGUUAACCAGUUGCACAUGACAGCCCUGUUGGUGUUACUAUUUAGGGUACCCAAUCGCAUCACAGCUCAUAUAGGGCGCGUUCGUAAAUUCACUCCGAUUUCAGAGCACUCUCGUCUGAGUGUGCAGAAUAACGGAUGGAUUAACGAAUGUCCAGUGCCAGUAAACGUGGGGGCGUAAUUAAAUUGUUGCCCGCAUCUCAGUUCGUCACUAACAGUAUGGAUAACAUGGAAACAGCUUAACCAGCUCUGCUUGGCCGAGUAGAAUGGUCAGAGGUGUUCUCUCAAUUUUUGUCUGGAAGAAGCUAGCCAACGUUAGUUUGGGUUCUUGACUGCCGUUGAGGUCAGAAUGCUUGUAACAACCCUACUCCUCGGCCAGAGCGUCCAGUGUGCGCUCCGAGAGCGUAAAACGCUCUGAAUUUACGAACGCCCAGAGCGCACUCGGUCACUCCAGAGUCAAUUUACGAACGCACCCAUAAGCUCUCUGGCAAACACAGUAGUUUACCAGAAAAACUGCUGUCGUUCAUAUAAACACUGUUGCAAGGUAGCAGUUUAUUUAGCUUCUCUUUUGACCUAGUAUUUUUUUUUAUAAACAUUUUCGUGUCAGCCUUUGCAGCUCGAGACGACACACACGUGAUCGGCCAGCAUAACUAGGCGCUUGUUAGUUACAGUAUUUGAAUUUGACGAGGCUAUUUUGACGUUGGAUAGCUAACUAUAUUCGCUGGUUCGAAAUUUCGAAUAGAUCUCACAUGAAUGUUUUAAAUAUAUGGUUAUCACAAGCGUACCUAAUUUUGAUAUUUAAGGCAGACUGUAUGAAGUUAAUUUGUUAACCGGUUAGACGUUAGUUUUUCUUGCCAGCUUGAGCUGCUGUACAUUUUCUGUUCGGCUAAUAAAUUAUAACGUCAUUUGUUUUUGAGAGCCAUCUGCGGAUUGUCAUUUUUACUUUUUCAAGAACAAGGCUUUCAGCCUGAAAUAUUUGUGUUAGGGAUUCCACAAACAUUGUCGCUAGCUAGCAUUUAGCUUGCUUGCACCCGUAACAGCGAUUGUAACCACGAGCCAGCAUCGGCCAAGCGAAUUUGACAAAGUAUUUAGUCAAUAAUAAUAAUUAAUAAUAAGUUAUCAAGAGCAGUAUCACACACACCGAUAACUGACUUCUGUUGUCGAGAAUUUGCAUCCAUCUUUGCUUAUUUUCAUUACCGAAAGUGAAGUACCCUGACUAGCCACAGUCAGAAGCAGUUGAGUAGCUAGCUAUCCAAAUUCUGAAUCUGAUUGUCAUUUUAUCAGUGUUAUUGUUGAAAAUGGCGGCGAUCGAAAUGGUGCAGAUGUUGAUCGAAGCAGCAGAAUACCUUGAUCGCAGAGAAAGAGAAGCUGAACAUGGCUAUGCCUCCAUGUUACCUUUCACCAGCAGCAAAGAGAAGGACAGCUUGAAACGGAAAAAUAAAAGCAAGAAUAACUCCAGUAGCAGAUCCAUACACAACGAGAUGGAGAAGAACAGAAGAGCACACCUACGGCUGUGUUUAGAGCGAUUGAAAUCCCUCGUUCCAUUGGGACCAGACUCCAACAGGCAUACCACCCUCAGCCUGUUGAUGAGAGCCAAGAAACAUAUCGGGAGGUUGGAGGAGAGCGAGCGGAGAGCCCAGCAUACCUUAGACCAGCUGCAGAGGGAGCAGAGGCACCUCCAACGACGUCUGGAGCAGCUAGGGGUGGAGAGAACACGUAUGGACAGCACAGGAUCCACCGUCUCCUCCGACAAUCCAGAUGCAGACCAGGAGGAGGAGCUGGAUGUGGACGUGGAGGGGACUGACUACCUGCUGGGGGAUCUGGAGUGGAGCACCAGCAGUGUGAGUGACUCUGACGAGAGGGGAAGCCUGCGCAGCAGCUGCAGUGAUGAGGGCUACUCAAGCGCCAGCCUACGCCUGCAGAACCAGAAAACUCAGGAGAACGCCAAGCAUUUGGGCUGUAGCCUAUAAGAGCACAGCCCUCAACCUCUGGUCCAUGUGCAACGGCGUCCCUCUAUCGUCAAGUUAACUCGCGCCCACCAACCAGUCUCUGCCAAUCAGACCUCACCUCCAGCAGGACUGGCCUUCUGACGAAGCCCUCUCCUCCAGCUGUAUUCCACCUUUCUUUCCCCCUCAGACCUCCAACACCUGAGACACCCAUCAUCCCAUUUCAACCGUCCAUCGGCCAACCAAAAUGGAAGAUCAGUCUCUGGUACUGCCCAUUCAGAGCCUCUGGCUCAAUAAGAUGAGUAGGAUUUGAAAGACACUCCUCCGUCCAUCCCUUUCUGUGUCCACCACCUCCGUCCCUUCCUGCUCUGCUGUCAGUUUCAGUGUGAGAGCAGAGAGGUGACUUGACUGUUUUCACGUAUCCAUGCUGUUUCCCCCUUCCAGCUCCCAGCGUCUGAGAACGAAAGACUUAUUAUUACAACACGACACCUACACCUCACUGCCCCCCCUCCCUUCGACCCCCAGCUCUAACUCUCAUCUCGCCCAUAUCUCCAAUGAGACUGGCCCCUCUAUAGGUGGUGGUACAAACAAUUGGCGCAUGGAUGGUAUUUAGCACUUAGAGACAGUGUAGGAAGGGAUUGUCUGGGUCAAAGAGCUGUGGUCAUUGUAAUCAAUAUACUGUAUGUCUCCUUAAAAGACAUUGCAGCUAUUGUAGUAAUGUUAUCAGGUGUAGUCUAUUAGAAAGUCUUUAUGGUAAAUAAUUGUCUACCUGCACUGUCUACAUGUAAAGUCCUCACUGGGAGUUCUACAACACUAAGCACGGGUGUGAUUUGAUGUCAUCCAUGUUCCACAACCACUUCAUUGUUGCGAUCGGCAGCAAUAUAUCCAUCCCUCUCUCCUCUACCUGGCUUAGUGGUUGGAUAAAUACCUCCAUGUUUUUGGCUCUUAUAAUGGGGGGCUAUUACAUUUUAGUUUUUAUUUUGGCAUACCCUGUACUUUCAAAUCCUCACCUGCCAUUCUGAAUUUUUAUGAGGAAAAAUAAAUUGAGGACAAAAACUUAUGAAGAAUGUGCAGCAUGAGAUUGUUAUGGGGUAUCUUUUAUCUUCCUCUCUCUGAUGACGGUGAGAUUGUUAUGGGGUAUCUUUUAUCUUCCUCUCGCUGAUGGCGGUGAGAUUGUUAUGGGGUAUCUUUUAUCUUCCUCUCGCUGAUGGCGGUGGUGUCUAACUCAUGUUUUAAUGUGAUGGUCUGUGUUGCUGCUAGUCAUGUCCUGUAGCCAGUGGUAGUCACUUGAAUAUGUGUUGAAGUUAUACAGACAGACAGUAAGUUACCGGUAAUUGUUGAAAGUAGACCAGUGGAGGGAUUAAAGCACAUUCCAUGUUCGAGAGAAAGUAGGCCAGAUGGAGCAUUACCUUCAUCCAUAUUUAUGAGGGAGUGUUUUCAGUUUUUAAAGCCAGGAAGGUUCUAGCUAUCUGCUUCAGGUUACCCACAGGCAGAACACAACAGACUUGCUUUGCCUUUGGGUCAGAGCACAGUACAAGCAAGAUCAAUUUCUUGUGAGUUUGUUCACCUCUGAAAAGAAAAGAGCAGAAAAGCUACUGUAUACUACAGAUACUCUCCUCUGCCUUGUCUAUAUACUUAGAUAUUGUUUAUGCAAAAUGUUAUGUUUAUGUAAAUAGUUUACACAGAAAGAUCUGUUUAUCAAAAAAAGGGAUUUAUAUUAGAUGUAAAUAUAUAGAUAUAUCUAUUUAAUUGCUUGUCGCUUUACUAGUUUUUGUUGUGAGGGUUUCAAUGUAUAGUUGGUUUGCACAGCAUAGUCGAUCCAGAGCUUUUUAGAUCUGUAAUUUGUGCCUAUAGGCUUUUGUGUCCUUUCAACAUUGGCACGGUGCUCCUAGAAUUGAAAUUGUUUUAUUUGUGGUUGAUUAUAUUUAUCUAUUUCAAAUCUAUCCUCUUUGUCAACAGGUAAAUAAUGCAAAAAAAAUUAUAUUAAUAUAAAAAUAUAUUAUAUUGAAAAGAGGCACUGGCGUGUGUGUUUGUGCUUUGGCAUUGCUGGGAUGGUGGGAAGCUACAGUGGGCUUUCUCCCUUUGUGCCUGGGGGCCUUAAACAAAAUGGCUUCUCCACCCAAGAGAUUAUAACACAUUGUAGAAAGAGGAGGAAUUGGUGGGUUCCAUAACCAGGGGAUAAGAUGGGGAGGUUUGCAGCAGCAUUUGAAUGUAGUCGACUAGCCUAUAAUAUAUCUCCCCCUGCACUGUUGCAGCACAAUGCCAAAGGAACCUCAAACUGUGUCACUGCAGAAUCUCGUUAGAACGGGAAGACGGUUGGUACACACCAAAAAAUAUGAUUGUUUAGUCUAUUUGUGUGGAAUGCUGCACUUCUAUGUCAUUUUAAAACCCUAUCCAAAAAGAGAACAAUGUAGCCAUGCUAGAAGGGGAAUGUUGUGAAUUCAGUACACGGCUCAAACUGGUGCUAUGGGGCAGGUGUAUGUAUGUCUUGUCACUGUCUUCAGAGAGAAAAUAUAAUGGUUUGGGAGAGGGAGGGUUGUUUUUAAUGGGAAAACACUGUCGCAUUUGUAUGGAUGUUUUUAUUGGUUUACUAUUAAAAAGGUGGAAAAACAGUAUCGCUUUUCAAAGAAAACCUAAUGUAUUAUUAAAGCUAAGCAUUGUCUGUUAUUGGGGAGCCACACACUCCUCUCCUUCCCUCUCCCCCUGUCCAUGGCCUGUUUUAUACGUCUUCCACUCCUACCUGUGUGUGAAUGUGACUUCCAUAGAGAAGAGAUCCUGAUUCAUUUCUAUGGUGGUUCCCCCCCGUCCUCCACAUGCUGUGGACCAGCCACCAUGGUGCGGAGGGAGCCUGAGGGAGCAGACCGGGCUGUGUAGUAUAGCUGCAGCUGUCCUCCCUCCCUGUAUAACACUCUAACACCCUCGGUGCUUCAGCCUCUGCCUUAAGAGCAGGUGUAGAUUCUUAAAAAAGAACAAGAGAUCAAUGCAGUUGGCUUCUGUGUAGUCCAGUAUAAGCUAUAUAGGAUAUCAUCCUGGGAAUUCUCUUUUUUGUUAUGUUGUGUAUAUUUGGGUUACGUUCGUACGAAGUGGCUUAAGCCUUAGACAUAUGUAAGAGAACCAUAGUAAAGUAUAUAUUAUACACGUUCAUAUAUAAUAUAGGUGUAGUCAUGUUAUCACAAAAGGUCAUUAUUUUCAUUGUAACUGUGUCUCAGGUGUUGCUCUCCCUCUCACACACACACACACAGACAUACACACGUUGUCAUACACACAUCAGAACAGACUCUGCCUUUUGAAGGAAGGGUUUAUGUCAAAAAAGGUCGACAUUUUCUGCACACAUUUUUUAGAAUUAGGAAUUUUAAACAUUGUGAAAACAAUCUUUGGGAAGUGUGGUGCAGUCAUUUAUAUUUGCCAGUGAUAUAAAAGGAAUAAAACUAUUUGAAAGCCUU